CGACACACUCUCCUCCUCCGGUGUUGAGUGGAGAGCUGCACUGUGUUAAACGGUUUCGUCCACAGGCCGAGGACCGUGCUGAACGGUGUCUAGACACGGCUCUGCCCUGAAACCUCGAGGCUGGGCGUGAGAAAGGUCCAUAAUGUCGGAACUUUUUAUGGAAUGUGUCGAAGAGGAGCUGGAGCCGUGGCAGAAACCAGCUCCAGAAGUCCACUUGAUAGAUGAUGAUGACGAUGAACCCAUCUUCGUUGGAGUGCUAUCUAAUAACCAAAGGGAUAGUAAGCCUAACGCUCCACCUCCUCAGAGGAACAGUGUAGGCAAACAGGAAGUAAAAAGUCCUGCUCCUCAGCCGGUUCUUGGACCUUCACCAAUGGUGCUGCCAUUGAGUAUGGCUGGAAAUGCAGUGAAUACAGCUGCACCCAAUCUGUCAACAGUGACUCCACAGCCAGUUAUUGUCAAUAACCAGGGCUUCAUCGUUACUUCUCCACAGUUAACGAACAGCAGUGAGAUCAUUGCCUCUCUUGGGACACAGUAUCCUCCGGGGACUUCUUUUACAAUUGUACCAGCUGGUCAGCAGCAACUUUUUCAGCGGGUCACUCCAGGCACAGUAUUACCUGGUGUCGUCCAUCGGCCUCAGGUGCAGCAAAUCAGCAACAACAUUGUGACGUUGUCUAACGUGCAGAGUCCUGCUGUGUAUUCAGCGAAAUCAAAUCAACUGCAGAACAACCGGUCCAACACGCAAACUCUCCAGACCAUUACUUUGCCUAUGAAGGCCAGCAGCAAUAACAGAGAUCAAAGCUCACUGAAACGAGGAUUACCAGCACAGCAAGUCGACACUGUAGUAAAGAAAGUCAAGUCGGAAUUGGGGCCGGUAAAUGUAGCAGAUGCAGUGGAAAAUGGGAUCAUAAAGAAAAAGUGCCCAAAAUGCCAAGAAGAAUUCCCUCAUCAGGAGGCCUUGAAAUGUCAUAUGAUGAGUUGCAGUGUAAAUGCAGUGGAAAGAACAGCUCCAUCAGCCCAAAGUAUUCAUUCAAAUAAGCGCAUCAUGCUGGUCUCAGAUUUCUACUACGGCCGAUUUGAGGGAGAUGGAACCAAGAAGGAGUCGCAGAGGUCCAACCACACCUUUAAGUGUCAGAGCUGUUUAAAAAUUCUCAAGAACAAUAUCAGGUUCAUGAACCAUAUGAAGCACCACCUGGAGCUGGAAAAGCAGAACAGUGAGAGCUGGGAGAGCCACACAACCUGCCAGCAUUGCUAUCGACAGUACAUGACUCCAUUCCAGCUGCAGUGCCACAUCGAGAGCGCUCACAGUCCGAUCGAAUCCUCAACCAAUUGUAAGAUAUGUGAAUUGGCAUUUGAGUCGGAGCAAGUGCUGUUGGAACACAUGAAAGACAACCACAAGCCCGGGGAAAUGCCCUACGUCUGCCAGGUGUGCAAUUAUAGGUCGUCCUUCUUCUCAGAUGUGGAGACGCAUUUCCGAAGUGCUCAUGAAAACACAAAAGUCAUGCUGUGUCCUUUCUGUCUCAAAGUUCUUAGAAGUAGUUACAUUUACAUGCAACACUACAUGAAACAUCAGAAAAAAGGGAUCCAUCGCUGUGGAAAAUGCAGGCUAAAUUUCCUCACAUACAAGGAGAAACUGGAGCACAGGACUCAGGUCCACAAGACUUUCAGAAAACCUAAAGCUCUUGAGGGCCUUCCUCCGGGAACAAAGGUGACCAUUCGGGCCUCUUUCUCAGGAAAGAUGCCUAUGUUGCAGAGCUCCUCUGAUCGAUCCGGUUUCAUCAUCAAUCCAGAAACGCUAAGUUUCAAUCAGCAAACCAAAACUCCAGUCAGCGUGUCCAAGUCUAAAUCAAACGUCUCCGCAGCUGGAAAAGCAAAGGCUACUCAGAACAAGAAACAAGUCGGCCGUACUUCAAAGCACAACCUGUCACUGAAGAACAUCAGAGUGCUGGGAGGGCGUUACACGUGCAUCGAGUGUAACACGCAAGUCGACGACUUCUUUUCUCAUUUCCCAAUGGCUUCAAAUUGUGGUGCCUGCAAAUAUCGGACAAGUUGCAAAGUUUCCAUUGGGAAUCAUAUGAUAAGAUUUCACAGUACCAUCACCAAACACAGAUUUUUGAAAAUGGAUAAUAAGAAAAAUUCAUCUUCAUUAAAAUACACACUGGUCUGUCUCAACUGUGACCUCCUUGUGGAUGCAUCAGGUGGUGACCUGAUGACCAAACAUUUAACCGACAGACCAAAUCACACGUGCAAAGUCAUUCAAGAUAAAGAUAUCAAAGCCAAAGAUCGAGUGCAGCUCAUCUUGGGACAGCCAGCGAAAGUCUUGUACAUCCUGACACCAGUACCUGCUCAGACACCAAAGGAAAUGGACCUGAAACCAGUUGAAAGUGUUUCUCUCAUCACUGUUGGGCAGCCAGACUCAGAGCCGACGUUACCGGCAGGCGAUCAAGAAAACAGUUCCACAGAAAUGAGAAAUGUCACCGAAGUCUCUUCUGAAGGGGAUGCGAGGCAGUCGUCUGUCUCCGGUUUAUCGCCUUCCUGUACAUCAGAUGCAGUUUUAGAUCUCUGUGAGGAGUCUGCAGGGAACUCGGAGAGCCUGAAUGUCAGCGAGCAGUCCCCCGUCUCACCAACUGAGACCGGAGACCUUAAAUCAGAGUGAACUUGCACGUCUCUGAUGAACGACAAGUCUCACAGUUGUUCAUUUAAAAAAAUGCUUUAUCUGGCAUACCUCAGCAUUGUAGUUUCUUACAUACUGAUCAUAUGAUAAUGUUGCUUUGGCUGCUGGUAUUUGCUGAUAAUGAAGUCUGAUGAGUAGUUUUAAAGAACUGGACAAAAAAAAAGCAUUUGUGAACUCUUCUGUCAAACAUCCUUUGCCUAAAUAUAUGUAAAAAACCUUUUUUGUAUUUAUAAAUAAACAUACAUCCACUACAGUCUUCUUACUUGACCUAUAAACUAUAUGUUUAAAGUCGUUUGUAACUUUUAGUCAAAAUAUAUUCAGAUAUGACAGAUUCCAGAUGACUUGCUGUCAGUUCUUCAUUUAACUUAAGUGAUUGUAUUUCUUCAAGGUUUAAAUUGUUGACAUAAAGCUGGCAGGCACCCAAGCUGGUUGUCGUUAUCCCUGAGGAAACCACGUCUCAUCAAGAGGACAGUAUUUGACUCUGCUUUUGAUCCCCAGCGUCAGUCCAGAUGCUUUGUGGAUUUUUUUGUUUUAUUUCAAAUUAUGAACAAGUUUGUUGCUGACUGUAAAUUGCUCUGCCGGAUUUCCCAUAAAAUCCCACCUGCUGGCACAGAAUGUAGAUACUAUUUCACUGUUGAUUUAUUGGUGCAAUUUAAAUGUUGCAUGUCCCUUUUUUAAAUUACACAUUGAAAUGUUUCAAGUUUGCCUCUGAUUUCAUUUUGUGGACGCCUUUUGAUUCCCAUUUCUACUGGAGGCUAUUUCACAUUGGUGUCUUAAUUUCAUUUUUAAAUGUUAUCAUGAGCCGUCUUUUUGGUUUGUUUGGGUUUUUAGGCUUGUUUUUAUAUGUGUAAAUAAUUGUCUGAUAUUGAAUUUUGAAUUUUAUGUUGCUUUACAAAAACAAAAACAUGCUGAAGCACUCUUAGGAAUUACUCCAGUGUAUUAAUCGUUUACAUAAUAAAAUAAUCCCAGUUUGUGGCAGAAAUGUUGAUCCACGUUUACAAUAUUGUGAGCAGUUUAGGUCAUUAUCCCACUGUAACUUAUAAGUACAGUAGUAUGUGUAUAGAAAAUACUAGCUUCAAAUGAUGUCCAAAGAGAAGGAUUUUUGGAAAAUCUAGCAGUGUGAAGGGGCAUUACAUGGGAAAUUAGAGGUGGGAGCAAAAUUUAAAAAAAACAACUAUCCAGCUGUACCCAAGCAGAUUUUAGUGAUAGAUUUUAAUGUUGAAAGUGCUACCCUGUAAACAAUUAUGCAGCAGAAAUGUGUACAUGUUCCCAUUACUGGGCACAGGACUUCAACCUAAUGAAAUGUGUCUGUCAGAUCUUCACGUCAGGUGCUGCUUCAUUCGGUUGCCUUUUUUAUUUGGCAUUUACUUUAAAAAGGCGAAUUCCCCGAAGCUUUGGAAAUAUUUUAUAUAAUGAGGUUUGCUUACUUUUUGUGGCCUAGUUUCUAAAAAGUCUUCAUCUCGUAGAUUUUUUUGAAAUUUGAACUUGUGCGUAUACAGUAUCUGUAGAGCAAGUCUUUAUCUUUAUUAGAUGGCGCUGUAAAUGUAACCGCCCGCUUUAAACACAUUCCCCUAAAACCAUGGUGUUCCCCCUAGGACACAUUCUCCUCAGAGAUCUAUAAACUGUUGA